AUGCGCUUCCCUUUGCCUGCAGACACAUUCCCACCGCUUCUUGUGUCAGAGGAGGAUCGAAUUGACCUGCAGAGAUUGUCUGAGAGCUUUAUUCACGAAGCAAUCGAGGAUUACUCCGAUUUCCGCAACGUGACGUCGUAUCGAGAUCUGCGUAUGAUCGACUUGGAGAGGUUGCGUUCCGCUCCGAAAGAGCGGGUCGGUUCGGGGUAUAUCACUGCUUCCACUAAGCUUCACGGGGUAUUAACGACCGGUACAAUCGAUGGAGAGUUCAACGACAUGGCGUUUGGUCUUAUUAACGGGAAUACCGAGAUGUUAAAGAUCAAGUCUUCGUAUACUAACGACAAGAUUGCCGAUGCGAAAGUUUUAGCUGCUAUAACGGAGCCUACUCCUACAGAACCCGUACAAGGAACAUACCUCAAAUGGGGGGUAUCCAUUGGAGUUCCCGUUCUACUUCGAAAGAUCGUUCGACCGCAAGAUUUCGUGUACUUGGAGUCGAUCGGCAUCCUCAAAACCACGUCAGGAGAACGUCUCGGCUAUAGUUUAAUGCACUCGCUUCAAAUUCCGACCAUCCGCGAGCUCACAGAGUACCAAAUUGUACGCGCAAAUGCGUCGAUCUGCGUCUUGUUUCGACAAAAAACCUCGGGCAAGAUCGAACUGUACGUCAAGGGAUUCGUGGAUGCCAUGGGCGAUAUCCACCAGUCUGUAGCUGUACCGGCAACAGCAGAUGCACUCAUGUCGUACAGUAAAAUCGUGCAUUGUGGACAGAUGAAGAAGCUUAACUGGCUGGUAAAAACGAGAAAGACAGUCAUUCUAGAUCACGGGAAUGACUGUAUCGUCUGCACCAAUGCUCCAAGUCGUCCGAAAUCCUGUUCGAACACCAUGUGCUCACGUUGUAGCGUUAGCAAGAAGCUCAGCUUCCUCUCUCCUUCAACACGUCGAGUCUUUCGACGCAGCUUAAUGUUCUGCGUACGAUGUUUACUAACAGCGUUUAAAGCUGAUGCGCUCGAGAUCGCAGCCGAAGAAUUAGUGCGUCACAACCCGUUUGACUUCUAUGAGGCGUCUACCAACUCCACUCCCUCAUCUAAAAUGGUCUCUCCCUCAAGUACUACCGCUCCAGACGCCACUAGUGAGUUUUUCGGAUAA